UAGCAGGAGCAAACAACAACAGAAAGACGCAUCAGAUGUUUCUGUCCUCGAGCGGCUGAAAGUGGAUUUCUUCUUCCCGCAGCAGCAGCGUCCAAAGUGCCUUCAGCUCUCCGUCCAGCGCGAACAUGCCGAGAGGAUUUUUGGUGAAAAGGAACAAGAAAACCAACCCGGUGUCCUACCGGGUCCGCUCCGACGAGGAGGAAGCGGAACAGACAGCGGCCGAUGCGCCGCCGCUGCCGCCGUCCUCCUCUGCGCCUCUCGUCUCCGUCCCGGUGCGCGCACUGACGCCGACGCCCACCUGCGGGGCGGCGGCCACGGCUCCGGAGCAUGAUGCCAGACCGGUUCAAUUCGGAAACCCAGAGGCGGUGUACCAGGCGCUCUACAGCCCCACCCGCCCAGUAAGCCAGGACCACGACCGCUCCUACUUCGAGAGACGCUUCAACCUCGGAUCACCGGUUUCCGCGGAGUCCUUCCCCACACCAGCAGCGCUCACCGCUUUGGACCACCUCUUUGCCCCGGUGGACCUGAAAAUCGGCUCAAGCAACAGCAGCCGCACCGACACCAGCGCCACGUCCACCGCGACGCUCCCCACGGCAGGGACCAAACGACCGUCCAGCGACACCGAGCGCAAAAGCAAACCGCCGUCCAAGAAAACCAAAGCCAUCCGGAAACUGCACUUUGAGGAUGAUGUCACCACUUCUCCGGUUCUCGGGCUCAAGAUUAAAGAGGCACCGGUUGACCAGAAGCCCCCCAGACCGCAGCCGUCCGGAGGUGAAAACAACCCGCUGGGCGAGUUCGUGUGCCAGCUGUGCCGUGAGGCGUACGCAGAUCCGUUCUCUCUGGCGCAGCACAAGUGCUCCAGGAUAGUCCGGGUUGAGUACAGGUGUCCUGAGUGCGACAAGGUGUUCAGCUGCCCGGCUAACCUCGCCUCGCACCGGCGGUGGCACAAACCGAAGCCGCAGAGCGGAGCUCCCGGUGUGCAAAACUUGGAGAGCGACAAGGCGGCCGCGUCCGGUAAGACCGCGCCGGACGAAGCGAAGGAUUCUAGUGACAGGGACACACCCAGCCCCGGGCCGUCCGAGUCCGGCUCAGAGGAAGGGCUGUAUGAUUGUAAUCACUGUGGCAAAAAGUUUAAGCGCCAAGCGUACCUGCGGAAGCACCUGGCGUCUCAGCACGGCUCACCAAAACCUGCGGAGGAGGAGGACGCGCCGGCCUGCGAGCAGAGCGCGGCGCCGCUUAACCUGAGCUCCUCCACCUGCCACCUGUGCCCGGUCUGCGGGGAGAACUUUUCCAACAGAGGCAGCCAGGAGCGGCACAUCCGCCUACUGCACUCCUCACAGGUCUACCCGUGCAAAUACUGCCCUGCUAUCUUCUACAGCUCCCCGGGACUCACCAGGCACAUCAACAAAUGCCACCCAUCCGAGAACCGGCAGGUGAUCCUGCUGCAGAUGCCGCUCCGCCCUGCCUGCUGAUCCCAGACUUUAGGCUGCUUUCACACGGUCCAACAACAAGAUAACAAAGUCCAGCCUUGUUUCUGAGAGGAUUUUAGGGUUAAACUGCAAAAAUAUCCGUUUUAUAUAGAUUUUUUUAAAUUUACGUUUGGCCCCUUAAAAACGUACUUUUUCAAAAUCAAGUGAAAAAUAUAUGGCACUUUGGUGAGAAGCUCUGGGAUGGAAGUGAUUAAAUAUUUCUCUUGUUUCAGUUAUUUGGUAAAAAAAAACAAACAAACAAAAAAACACAUUUUUAAGAAUUUUAAACACUGAAUUGAGCAAUUUGCUUAUUUUUGGAUGUUAAUUCAAGAAAAUGCACGAAUCUCAAAGGAAAAAGAGAAAUUACUUCUUGGUUCACCAUGUUUAGGUAAAUUGUGACAUCUCACUGAGGUAAAAGAAGAGCUGAAAGGAUAUUUUUGCAGUGUAACUCCUGCAGCAAACAUAAUGAUAUGACUGAAAUGCACCAACGUGUAGAGGUCAGAGGUCAGCCGCUCACCUGCAGCUGGCAGGGAUUCAGUGCCUUGCUCAAGGACACUUCAGCAGGUUCUGGGUGUGUGUUUGAACCCUGGCCUAUACCCCCCCCCCCGCCCCUUAAAGGAUCUCUGACGUCAUACUUCAAACACUUAAAGCGUUAGACUGUUAAUUUAUUUUUCUAGCAUCUCUGCACAAGUGCUAUUAGCUUCUAGACCUAAGAGAGGGGACGACCUGUAGCCGAUAAAAACCAGAAGUCGAAGGCCUGAGAAGACCUGAUCUCAUCACUCUGAUUAGCUUUAAUAUAGCUUGUGGAUCUUUGGAUCAGUAGCUGUUGCCUGAAAACAAAAAGAGGAAAAACUAGUGUAGCCGGUAAUGCCUUUGGAUUAGAAACUCCUGCUGUAAAACUGCCUUAAACUGAACUGAUCUGAUUGUUUUUUGAUCACCUAUUUAUCACUGGCUGGGUAUAAUAUGAUUAUUAUUUUUUACAAAGCCUUCUGUAUUACCACUAUACAGUAUAUGUAACUUUUUUCUAUUUAUUUACCUAUUUAUUAAAUUAUUUGUGUAAAUUAUUGCUCUGUGUGGUCUCUGUGAUCUGUUGCUGUGUUUCUUCAUGAUGUAGCCAAAUUUAUUUUCUUUAACUUAUAUCAAAUGAUG